AAAACACCGAAGAAGAAGAAGAAGAAGAAGAAGAAGAAGAAGAAGAAGAGCGAUCCUCAGCGAUCUGCUGAAGAGUGUGAUAAAACUGAUCUUUUUGUGAAGGAAGAGUGUGAUGAACAACACUAAACACUGAUCUGUGUGUGUGUGUGAGAGAGAGAGAGCAGAAAGAGUGAGACAGAGCUGAAGCAGACGGAGACCUCGGGAGUGCGUGAACUGAACACAUCUCGACCUGAUGGAAGAUACCAAGGUGAUUGAAGAACUGAUGGAAGCAGGGAAGAAACAUCAUGACACUUGCCCUCAGUGUGGAAAGAGUUUCUCAUGUGAGCAAACUCUUAAUCUUCACAUGAAACUUCAUAGUGGAAUGGAGCUGUACGAGUGUGAUCAGUGCGAGAAGAUUUUCACACUGAAAGGAAACUUGAAUAAACACAUGAAAAUCCACACUGACGAGAAGCCAUUCACAUGUGAUCAGUGUGAGAAGAAAUUCAGAAAUAAAGCAAACCUGAAUGAACACAUGAAAAUCCACACCGGCGAGAUGCCAUACUCAUGUGAUCAGUGCGGGAAGAAGUUCAGACAUAAAGGAAACCUGAAUACACACUUGAGAAUCCACACUGGAAAAAAACCAUUCACAUGUGAUCAGUGCGGGAAGAAUUACAGAUAUAAAGGAAAUUAUAAUGAUCACAUGAAAAUCCACUCUGGAGAGAAACUACACAGAUGUGAUCAGUGCGGGAAGAGAUUUUUACAAAAAGAAUACCUUCAAAAACACAUGAGGGUCCACACUGGAGAGAAGCCACACACAUGUGAUCAGUGCGGGAAGAAUUUUACACAUAAAGGAAACUAUAAGGAACACAUGAAAAUCCACUCUGGAGAGAAACCCUUCGCAUGUGAUCAGUGCGGGAAGAGUUUCAGACAUAAAGCAAACUAUAAUGAUCACAUGAGAAUCCACACUGGAGAGAAACAGUUCACAUGUGAUCAGUGUGAGAAGAGUUUCAUACAAAAAGGAAAGCUAAAUGAACACAUGAAAAUCCACACUGGAGAGAAGCCCUUCACAUGUGACCAGUGUGGGAAGAGUUUCAGAAAGUCAAGUGUUUUUAAAGUACAUCAGCUAACCCAUUCUAGAGACAGAAUUUAUAAGUGUGACCACUGCAGUAAAAGGUUUUUUAGAGCAGAUUUCCUGAAGGACCACCUGACAGUGCAUACACAGGAGAGGCCUUAUGUAUGUUCUUUGUGUGCAAAGAGCUUUAGACAGAUGGGUACUUUAAAAACACAUCUGAAAAGACACAGCGGUGUGAAGGAUCAUAUUUGCUCUGAGUGUGGAAAGACCUUUUUUACAGUUCAUGCCCUGAAAAAGCACCAGAGCAUUCACACCGGAGAAAAACCUAGCCAGUGUUCACACUCUGACAAGACAUUCACAUGGCCAGAAUAUCUGAAAAUACAUGAGACCGUCCACGCUGAAGAGAAACCACACACAUGUUUUCAGUGCGGGAAGAAGUUCAGACUUAAAGGAUUUCUCUAUGAACACAUGAAAAUCCACACUGGAGCGAUGCCGUACUCAUGUGAUCAAUGCGAGAGGAAAUUCAGACAUAAAGGAAGCCUUAAUACACACAUGAGAAUCCACACUGGAGAGAAACCCUUCACAUGUGACCAGUGCGGGAAGAGUUUCAGACAUAAAGGAAAUUAUAAUGAUCACAUGAAAAUCCACUCUGGUGAGAAGCCACACAGUUGUGAUCAGUGCGGGAGGAGUUUUAUACAAAAAGAACACCUUAAAAAUCACAUCAGGAUCCACACUGGAGAGAAGCCCUUCACAUGUGGACAGUGUGGAAAGGGUUUCAUGAAAAAAGAACGCCUUAUAAAACACAUGAAAAUACAUUGAAGAGAAGCCUUAAACAUGUGAUCAGUGCGGUAAAAAUUUCGGACUCCUUUAUGAGCACAUGAAAAUCCACUCUGGAGAGAAGCCCUUGACAUGUGGACAGUGUGGAAAGUGUUUCAGAAAGUCAAGGGUUUUAAAAGAAGAUCUGCAUACUCAUUCUGGAGAAAGACUAUGUAACUGUGACCAGUGCAGUAAAACAUAUUUUAGGGCAUAUUCCCUGAAGGACCACCUGAAGGUGCAUACACGGGAGAGGAGUUAACACAAAAUCUUAUUGUUCAAAGAGUUUUAGACAGAUGGGUAUUUUUUUAAAACAUCUGAAAAGACAGCGCUGUGUGGAAGGGCUAUUUUGUUUUAGAGAGAGAGGGAUUCUGAGCCCGUAGCAGAUGUAUCAUAGAAUAUGCCACUGAUAUAAAAGUUUUUUUUUACAGUACAUAUAACGCAGAUAAAAUGCAUGUAAAUGUUAUAAUUAGUUUGUCCAGUAGAGCGCGCUCAUUUGCUACUAGAGACCCGGAUGAGAUUAUUUAAAGCUUAAGUCUAUGGAAUACCAUUGAAACUUUACAUGGCCAUAUCUCUGUAACAUCGUGGCAAAUCUGCACCAAAUUCGGGCAUCCCUUCAGCUCAGGGAACCCUCUUGAAUGCUGAAUCUAGUGUAUGUCUAGAAGUCCUCUUUCCAAUGAGACCCACCCCCGUGUCGAUUGCCCUCGGGGUUCGGGAGUUACGGAUGCCUAAAUUUGUGGUCUGGCGCUGACCAAUCUAGUGAUCCCGGGGGGCUACUGACAAAUGGAGGGUGGCAUUCGGGAGGGCUCCUUGAGCUGAAGGGAUCCCCCGAAUUUGGUGGAGAUCCGCCUGUGCGUCCAUAAGAUAUACUAGAUAUACUAGAUAUACUGACACUAGUCAACACUUUCACUUUAGAAGGUUUCUUGUUCAGGCAGCAUUCAUGCGUUGUCUUAUUUGACCUCAAGUGCGCUGCGAAGUGGACUUGACAUGAAAUUCCACCAUGAUUCUAGUUCAAAGGCAAUGUGCAUGUUACAUUAAAAUGGCAUUAAAGUGUGUUAGAUGUGAAUUUAAAUUGUAUUUAUUUUAGUGGUGGGCAUAGAUUAAUUUUUUUAAUCUAGAUUAAUCUCACUGUAAUCUUGGAAUUAAUCUAGAUUAAAAUGGCUCAUUUGAAUUCUGCCGAACG